GCCUCAAAUGCAACCAUUGCCUCGAAGCAAUUCGUCAACGAAGCAACCAGCAAGCAAACGAUCACUUGUCAGUCCCGUUCCGUCCCCAGGAUCACUAAGGAUUACCAAUUACCAGCAGCAGCAGAAACAGUCAUGUUCGUUCGUCCACUAUUCAUCGGUUGCCUGGCCCUCCUGGCUGUGGCCCAGGCACGUCCCCAGUACGGCUAUGAGCAGCCCGGCUCUGGGCCCUCGGACAUCUUCAUUGGAGGCAACGGCGGCGGCGGUGGCAUCGGCGGCGGCAGCAUUGGCGGUGGCCUCGUGGCCAUUCAGCCGCAUCGCGGUGGCGACAAGUACCUGCCACCGGCCAGCACCACACUGGCGCCCAUCAUCAACAAGAAGUUCUAUCUGGUGUCGGCGCCCGAGGAUCACAGCAACGAUGGCAAGGUGAAGCAUCUGGUGCUGGGACGGCCACAGAAGAACUACCGGGUGGUGUUCAUCAAGGCGCCGGCGGGCGACAAUGCCAAUGUGAAGUAUUCGGCCGAGUUUGCCCCACAGGAGGAGAAGACCGUCAUCUAUGUGCUGUCCAAGAAGGACAAUGAUCUGGAUGCCACCGACAUUGCGACACCCGCACCCACACAGCCCAGCAAGCCGGAGGUGUUCUUCAUCAAGUACAAGACCGACGAUGAGGCGAAGCAGGCACAGCACGAGAUCCAGGGACAGUACGACAAGCUGGGCGGCACCAACGAGUACCAGGAGGAUAAUAAUGCGCCCAUUACCUCGGUGAUUGGCAGCCUGGAUGGCCUCAAUCCCGAUGGCAGCUACAACUACCGACAGAUCGGCAAUCGGCCAUCGAGCGGACCCAACAGCAGCCUGUCGCCUGGCUCGCCCAGUGCCCAGUAUCUGCCCAGUCUGCUCAAGCAUUAAGAUCGCCACCCGCACACGCAU